AUGACCUUGCUUCAUUAUGAACCAUAUUUGGUUUAUACAUCAGAAGAUUAUAAUCCGGAAAAUCCUGGACGAUAUCCAAAUGCGAAAUCAGUCUAUGGAAAUGAAUCCAAUUAUUUUGUUGAUAGUCAAAGUGGUAAUCCAUGGUUAGGACCACCAUCAAAUUAUAUACCAAAUGAUCAUGGAACAUUUACGGAUGCCAAUGGAACAUGUUUACCAUCAAUGGCAAGUUUUCGACCACAACAACAACCAACAUAUUCGAGUAAUGGCAAUGAACAAACAGUACAAACUGGAGAAACACUUGGCAAAGCAUUACAAUCUAUUUAUCCAAAUGAUCAUCCUUAUACUUCAACAUCAUCAACAUCUGGCGCAUCACCACCAGUGAAUGGAUCUAGUCAAGCAUGGGUCAAUGCUACACAAACAUAUCAUCCUCUUACAUCAUUAAUUGAUCUAUCUGAUGAUUCUUAUUGUUUACUCAAUUUAAAUGAGCCACCAAGAUUAGAUGUCGAUGAUUCUUUUCGAUUAAAUGAUUAUCAUCAUUAUUAUACUGGUUAUCAUCAUCCACAUUCCACUGGAACAUAUCCACCAUUUUUAAGUCAUCCAACAGCAGCAGCAACAGCAGCAGCAGUACCAACAACAUCGGAUACAUCAACACGAAAUCGACAUCAUGAUCCAUAUUUACCUUAUGGUAAUCCAUCAUCAACAUCAUCAUCCACAUCAUCAACUGAUGCUAAUAUAACAUCUGCAAAUGCUGAUUUAAAAUUAGAAUCUCUUGAUAAAGUUAAAGUUAAUGUUGAAAAUAAACCACCACCAUCAACAAAUGGUACAUCACAAUUAACAACAGGUAAAUUACAUGAAUUUAAUCAUCGACGUGAUAUAUCAGAAGAGAAUGCAACACCAUUAACCAUUGCUGUUGGUGGUGCAAGUGGUAUACGUACUGGCCCAAUAUCAUCAUCAUCAACAAAAAUACGAAAUUCAUUAACACUUAGUCCAAAUAGUCAUUUAAAUUUAUCAUAUAUGCAUGGUGGACCCGGAUCGGAAGAAAGUAUUGAUCCUAAUGAAACACCUGAAGAACGUGAACGACGCGAAAAAGAUCGUCGAGCUGCUAAUAAUGCUCGCGAAAGAUUACGUGUUAGAGAUAUAAAUGAUGCAUUUAAAGAACUUGGUCGUAUGUGUGCUAUUCAUAUGCGUAAUGAUAAACCAGUUACAAAAUUAGGUGUACUUCAACAAGCAGUUAAUUUAAUAACAACACUUGAACAUCAAGUUCGAGAACGUAAUUUAAAUCCAAAAGCUGCAUGUUUACGUCGACGUGAAGAAGAAAAAUCUGAAGAUCAGAAUGGAAAUAUGAAUUUAUCCCAAGCUCAAAUAUUAAUGCCAAAUGAAUCUUCAUCAACUGAUGGAACGAAUUUUAUGGAACAAAUGCAUCAAUCAAUACCACCAUCUUAUUGGCAACAAUGA